AUGGGUAGAAUUUUAUGGAUUUUUUCGAUUGCCUUCAUUCUUUUCAACGUGUUACAUAUCGUUGGUAGCGACCGGGUGACUAGAAAUGUGGAAGUGACGGCGGAAGAGGAAAAGAUACGGGACAAAUUGGGAUAUGAGGCGAUCAGAGAUAUCCACAGAGACAUGGACGAUGAUCACUCGGGAUCGAUUGAUCGGAAUGAGUCGACUGGGUUUAUGAAAGAGGACAUGCAAAUGCGUGGAUCCGAACGAACACGACGGGAGAAUAAGUUCCAUGGGGACGACGACGCGAUAACUGUCGAUGACUUGUGGGAGGCGUGGUUUGAGAGUACAGAGAGGACGUGGACUAAUGAAAGACUCGUCGAAUGGCUCAUCAACGACGUCAACCUUCCCAGCGUCGUCGACGCCGUCAAAAUCAAGAAAAUCGAUGGAAAAAUUCUGCCACGUUUCGCCUCGCCCAGCUCCGAUUUUCUCAAUAAAGAGCUUGGCAUCAAAUCUUCCGUCUACCGCCAGAAACUUCGUCUGAAUUCUCUCGACGUUGUUCUUUUCGGAUACAAGGAUAAUAAUAACCGAACGAAAGAUAUUCUAUUAGCACUGCUGGCGCUUCUCCUGACUUCUUUGAUAUUUUUAUAUGUCAGACAGAAACAGAAAGCACAGCAGAAAGUGAACGAAUUGUCGAGUAAGCUGACAGAGCUGAAAUCGAUGGAAUCAGAAUUCGAAGACGUGCAGAAAAUGUUGAGUGACGAGAGGUCGAAACGAUCGAUAUCCGAUGGAAUUGUUAGUCGAACAGAGAUGGAGAAUCUACGUGUACAACUGGAAGAAGCGGAACGUCGUCUGGAAGCCAACUCGAAUGGAUCCGGAACCCCACUUGCCCUUCAGCCACUUCUCCGACGAACUUGCGAGAAUGAGAUGGCAUUUUUGGAGAAACAACGUCAAGACUGCUUUAAGGAAAUGAAGGAGGCGAUUGAGAUGGUGGAUAGGCUGCAGAAGAAACAGGGAAGUGUGCUGUCAUCGUUGAAAUUGGCAACGGGAGCCGCCUCCACGUCGGAUCAAGUGGAUUCGAAGAUUUUUGCGUUGAAAAAUCGAAUGGAAAAAAUUCAUACUCUAACCCGAGAGACGCAGGAACGAUGGAUGCAAAUCGAGUCGUUAUGCGGCUUCCCGCUUCUUUAUUUGAAUGAAACCGAACACAUCAAUAGAACCGCCGCCGCCUCGUCCCACUUCUACAACAAUAGUCAGGAAGGUUCAUCGUCUUCUGGAUCUUUAUCGAAUGCGAAUUCGGGAAGUGUACAAAAUCAUAAUUUGGUGAAAAAAGUGGUUCAGCCAGCACCUAUCCCACAACAGCAACCAUCAACGAUCGCCUUCGUGCCGACCGGAAAAAGUGAUAGCAUACAUUCUGAAGACGUGUCGCCCGUGUUAGAAGAUCAUAUUACGAUUCCGAGGAGUUUAACGCAAGACCUGCAAGAAGAUAUGCAAUCGAUAAUUUCCAACUCGACAAACGGCACGUCAUCUGGAAUAAAAAAGAAAAAAGGAAUCCUGCCAAAGCUUUUCCGUCGGAACACGUCGAAGUCUAGUAGCCUUGGUGGCAAUUCUGUUAAUUAA